CUCAAAGUUGGUGGAAGUUCAAAUACUGCGCUACUGAAGUUGAUGGUCGUUUUCCGUUGGGCGUUAACGUAUAGGCCUUUUGAUGCUGGAGUCAAAGUUUGUACUUAUAAUUGAGGUAUUCUGAAGUUUCAGAGGCUUACGCACUCAAGUGUCUACUUGUCACGUCUUCCAGACCACGACUCCAAGGAGCUUUUACAAAAUGCCCUUAAGGAUUUACGCUUAAUUGUAUCUGAAAUAAAACACAGUCUAUGUCCAGCUUUUCCAGCAUUCCAAGAUUUGCUACGCUAUCAGUUUGAAUCUCAGGGAAAGCUUGUUCGUCCAUUGCUUGUUACUCUCGCAGCAGCGUGCGCAAAUUCACACAUAGAAUGCAACACUCCCCUUAUUGUGAGAUAUGAUUCAUCUGUAUCAAGCCAUGCUAGGAAUCUGGCAUAUUUAGUCUCUCCCAAACAACAUGAGAUUGCCAAAAUUACAGAAAUGAUCCAUACAGCAAGUCUUAUCCACGAUGACUUGAUUGACUCAGCAUCUGUCCGAAGAGGGAAAACGUCGGCUUAUAAAGCCUUCGGACAUAGAGAGGUUGAUAGACCUAUCCUUAUGACUGAAGACUAAUCGACACCUCUAGAAGAGUUACUCUCAGUUAUUCUUCCAGACGAAACAAAGUUCAGUGUCGUUACUAUGGGACAUGCAACCGAAUGCUACCACCUUCAAACGUUGUUUCGCGCUUGGAAUGGGCUCUUUACAAUUUGUUUUUAUUGAUAAAAAUGAUAUGCUGUCGUUUUUCAUAUAUUGACAUGCAGGUGUGGUUGGUAGGCGUUGUUAUUUUAUGUAAGAGAUGAAGACAUUUUGGCUCUUGUUAUGUAUUACUAAAGUUAAAGGUGCUGUACUCUUUCCAAGACAUCAAAUCAGCAAAAAACUUAUGUGGGGAAACAAAAACGUGACUAGCUUGCACUAGUUCAUUUGGGGUUUUUCUUUACCACCGAAGCAAAUUUGAAGUUGUACAGUUUAGUGUAUUCGUAUCACUAGUCUGCAACAACAGUUUGAGAAUACCUUGAUGCAGUUUAACGAACAAUAUAAGUUAUGUGCAAAUAACAGUCGUUUUGAAAAUAUCCAGGAACAAACUUCAUCCACAAUUUGUGUAGAAUCUGUUAAAAAUGUGGAUCAGCUCAAGUUGCCGAAUCAAAUCAGCGCAACAGCUAAAAAUUAACAGGAUUAGCAGCAAAAUGCUUCAAACAAUGGCAUGAAUAAUUGUGAGAAAGACUAAUCACUUAGAAUGUUGAAAAAAAUUGAGUGAAUUAUGAAAAACAAUGUCUGGGGCAAUAUGAGGAAAAAAUGCAUUUGCUUCACGGCGAACAACUCUAAGCCAUGUCACCUAAUAUCAACCACCGAUCAUGACUCGCGAACCACAACAACGCAGUUUACAUCUACAACUACUAAGUUUCAAAAACUAAUUUUGUUGUCAUAUAAAAUAAUUCAUGUUGCAGAGGAUUUUAACCACCUUUGUUUGUAAGUAAUAAAUUUAACGGCUUAUAUUUUCCCUUAUACUUCAGUCGUUAUCAGGUGAACGUCAUACAUAAGGGCAAAUGGCUUUUCUACAUUAUUGUUUAAACCAAUCCAUAUUUUCCAUUGUGCACAUAGUAUAUCAGUUCUAGCUUUUUGUUAACGCAAAUUUAGCAAGUCCCCAAGUGCAUUAUUCAAAAAUGUUUUCACGCUUUUUCUUCAGGCAAUUUUGGGAGGCGACUUCAUACUGACUCAUUCAUCUCGUUUAUUAGCCCAGAUAGGAGAUACUGGAGUGAUAGCUGUUCUUUCUCAAGUUAUUGAAGAUCUCAUUCAUGGCGAAAUGAUGCAGCUUGCACCCAACAGCGAUGAUGAUGAUAGAAGGUUUCAAACCUAUCUGACGAAAACCUACCGAAAAACAGCGAGUCUUAUUGCUAACAGCUGUAAAGCAGUUGCUAUGUUGACUGUCCCAACGCUAUCACAGCGGCACAUUGAUAAUAUGUACGAAUUUGGCAAACAUUUGGGAAUGGCAUUUCAAUUAAUCGAUGAUGUUUUGGACUUUGUAACUGAUGAGGCGAACCUGGGCAAACCUAGUGGGGCAGACCUACAAAUGGGUCUUGCAACGGGACCCGUGUUAUUUGCUGCCCAAAGAUAUCCUGAACUGAACGCCAUACUGCUGCGGCAAUUCAGUUUAGAUGGAGAUACUGAAAGAGCUCUAGAAUUAGUUAAACAGUCCGAUGGAGUUGGUCAGACUCGAAUGUUAGCUGAAUUUCAUUUCCAGGCAGCUCAAAGAUGUUUAUUUCAAUUCAGGGAUUCUUUAUCAAGAAAGGCUCUUUUACAUGUUGCAGCGAAUUUCCUACAACGUGAUCGAUAAAAUCGUAUUUCCUCUAGUCAAAUCUUAUUUUACCCAUUUUCCUGUUCGUCUUUUUAGCCUUAAUUUUGAACAGUUUUACCUGUUUCUUUUUCCUGGUUUCAUCCACAAUACCUAAGUAACGGUACAUUACACUUAACUAAUAGAUAUUUAUCCUAAUUGGUAUUUUCAAUCUACUCUUAUUACUUUGUUACCUAGUUUAUACAUUAAUAUGCAGAAAAAGAUACUUCCGUGAUAUCUUUAAAUAAUUUGCCUUUGUUGACAUAUUAGUACUAGUCUGUAAUUUAUUUCGAUAACCGCUCAACCAGAUUGCUAUUUUUUCAGAACUGGUCUUUCAGCGUUUGUUCCUAAAAUUAGCACAUGUCAAAUAUAUAUCUAUUGUAAACAGCUCUUUUGGGUUUUUAUCACUAUAAAAAACGAACAACACUUAAAUUUGUGUUUACAGUGGUAAUUUGAGCGUCAUUUUAAAAUGGACAUAAAUUUAAGCUUAUUUUCAGAAAUAUUUUGUCAAGUCUUCUCAGCAGCUGAUAUUUGUACUUGAUAAUUGAGCUUACUCUGUACAGCUUUUCGUAUCAACUUUCCGAAGUUGCCUGAUUUAUUAAGAAAGGUGAAUAAUACUGUUAGUCUUUUCCACAUUUUCGUCCCUAUAUUUUUGUGUUUAUUUGACUUGGGCGUUUUCGUAUUGUCAGACUAAUCCGAAAUAUCGUCAUGACAGAUCGCUGACUCUACCUAAAUUAUCUAUGUUCUUCACCCGGCAACACAUUUUACUCUGAACAGACAACAGCGAAGUGUGAUUCUGCUGCGCAAAGGUAGCUUCUUGAAAGCAUAGCUUGGUUCAUACACUACUCGUUAUCAUAGGGUCUUUCUCACUCUAGUCGGACAAGU